UCUCUCUCUCUCUCUCUCUCUCUCUCUGUAUAUAUAUAUGUGUGUGUGUAUGUCUGUAUGCAUUUGAAAUGUGAACAUAUAUAUAAUUUGUAGAGCUAGGAACAUUGUAGUGUACAGUUGUGGAAACAAGAAUUCGGACAGAAAAGACUGGUCAAAGAGAGGCCAAGAAAUAAUAGAAAACAAAAAGAUGUUAACAACAAUAGUAAAUAAGAACAGAAAUAAAUAAGAAAUCUAACAAAUUCAAGUUAGUCUAAAGUCAAAAGGAUUAACGGAUUAACCAGAUGAUUUAAAACACCAGAUUGAAAGAAAAACAAAAAACUUCAUAGCACUGAAUUUUCACUUUAGUUUCAUUCAUUUAUAUUCAAGACAUAUUCCAGUAAACAAACUUUAUGAAAUUCUAUAGAAUCCCCACUCUAUAUUUGUAUGCUUGUGGAUGGAUUUGACUUCUAGCACAGAGUAAUUUCUUUCACUUUGUAUUUCAUAAGAGUUUGUUGUUUCUGGAAUUUAAGUAAUCAUGUCAAGCCAAAUAAACUUUUGUCUUUUGUUGAUAUGUCUUUUUGCAUACAAUGUUGCUGGUAAUGAUUGCAUUCAUGAGAAAACAUGUGGGAGUUGCAUACAACGCAAUGGGACAUGCAGCUGGUGCCUCUCUCCUGAUUUCCAUGGUGCCUCAAGAUGUGAAACCAGAGGAACUUUACUGAGAGGAGGCUGUUCUGAAAGUUCAAUCUAUCAGUCUGUGAAUGAAGCUCAUUUGAAAAAGAAUAGAAGAGCUACAAAGAAGAGACUUUUGAAACCUCAAAGAAUUGUUCUACAACUUGUGCCAAAUACUGGUUAUGUUUUGCCUGUGAAAGGGUUUUUAAUACAAAAAGAUGCCCAUAACCGUUUGGGAGGUGAUAUCAAAUUAUCUGUUAAUGCACCAAAACCUUUAAAGGUAGUAAUGAAAAGUGAUUGUAAUCAGAAAUAUAAAACACAGAUUGAAACAUCCUCUUGUUAUGGUAUCCAUAAUGGGCAAGCAGUAACAUUCUCUUUUGUAAUCAGCACAGAAAUGUGUUUUCCCAAGAAAAAAAUGAUCAAAGUCAAUGUUAAAGGCAUAAGGAAACCCCAAAUGAUUAUUUAUGUCAAAACCAAGUGCAGCUGUGAUUGUGAAUUAAAAAAACCAACGAUUAACAGUGACUUUCAUUGUAAUGGCAAUGGUAAAAUGGUAUGUGGACAAUGUGAAUGUUCAAAGCAAACACAAGGAAAGAACUGUGAAUGUCAUAAAUCUCAGAACAUUGAUGAGAAAAACUGUAUAAAACCUGGAGACCAAUUUGUUUGUUCUGGCCAAGGAAAGUGUCACUGUGGAUCCUGCGAGUGUUCACCAGAUGUUAUGAAAACUAAUCGGUACAGUGGAAGGUUUUGUGAAUGUGACAAACUGGGAUGCAGAAAAUACAAUAAUUCCCUCUGUGGUGGUCCUACCCAUGGUAAAUGUAUAUGUGGCAAAUGUGCAUGCAAAAAUCAGUAUACUGGAGAAGCAUGUGAAAUUGAUGUCCGCACCAAGAACUGUCUCUCAUCAAGUGGACAAUUGUGCAGUGAUCGUGGGAAGUGUGUAAAAAAUCAGUGCCAGUGUGAAACACCAUUUUCUGGUAAAGUCUGUGAAAGAAGAGAGGUUUGUACAUAAAAAUAAUUAAUGAUUAUUUAAUCUAAAUUAAGAGAUAAUGGAUUUUAUCCCGCCC